AAGCGCCAAUUCAAUGUCUCAUUCGAAAAAAAUCAAUCGGAAAUGGCGCUCUGCGUCUUCCCUUUUUCUCCUCCCCCUCUCCAUCAUUCUCUUCCAACCAAUCUCGAUCUCUAUCGAAUCAUGUCCGACGAUAAGGAGAACUUCGUGAGGAUGACGAGAGCAGCCACCAAAAGAAAAGCUGCUAUGGCAGACGAGGACCGCCUCAGCAAGAAGAAGAAGAAGAGAGUUGUCCUCGGUGAGCUUCCCAACUUGUGCAAUAAGCGAAAACAAACCAGAAAACCCCUUAGAGUUCCGAAGAAGCAAAACAAGAAGACAUCGAAGUCCGAUGUCGACACCAGAUCUGAUGAUCCCCAGAUGUGUGCUCCUUAUGUCACCGGAAUCUUCGUUUAUCUCCGUCAAUUAGAGGUGAAGGAAAAGUCAAGGCCUUUGAUUGAUUAUAUUGAAAAGGUGCAGAAAGAUGUAACGCCUAAUAUGAGAGGAGUAUUGGUUGAUUGGUUAGUUGAAGUUGCUGAAGAGUACAAACUUCUCUCCGACACUCUUUACCUCGCUGUCUCCUACAUCGACAGAUUCUUGUCUCUUCGGACUGUUAAUAGGCAAAAGCUUCAGCUUUUGGGAGUUUCCGCUAUGCUUAUUGCCUCGAAGUAUGAAGAGAUAACGCCUCCGAAUGUGGAGGACUUCUGUUACAUUACAGACAACACUUACACUAAGCAAGAGAUUGUGAAGAUGGAAGCUGAUGUACUUCUUGCUCUUCAGUUUGAAUUAGGAAACCCCACAACCAAUACUUUUCUAAGACGGUUCACAAGAGUUGCGCAAGAAGAUUUCAAUAUGUCACAUUUACAGAUGGAGUUUCUCUGUAGCUAUCUUUCCGAGCUAAGCAUGUUAGACUAUAACAGUUUGAAGUUUCUUCCGUCCGUUGUGGCUGCUUCAGCCGUAUAUCUUGCAAGAUUCAUCAUCCGUCCAAAGCAACAUCCCUGGAGUGUAAUGUUAGAAGAGUACACGAGAUACAAAGCGGGUGAUCUCAGAGAAUGUGUGUGUAUGAUACAUGACUUGUAUCUUAGCAGAAAAGGAGGAGCUUUACAAGCUGUUAGAGAGAAAUACAAGCAGCAUAAGUUCAAGUGUGUUGCGACUAUGCCUGUAUCGCCAGAGCUUCCUCUUACCUUCUUUGAAGAUGUCAGCAUUUAGAGAGAGCUUUGUUCAUCGGCAAAGAAUCAUUUGAAACCAAGAGAAGCAGUUCUUUACUGUUUUGGGUUGUACAUGUCUUAGGACUACUUUUAGUUGAACUUAUGUUUAAAGAUUUUGUAUGUAAUUUUGAAAUGUUUUGCUUGUGUUUUGUAUUUUAGCAUACACUCUUUCCCCCUUUAUUAAUAAGUUCAUACCAA